AUGAGACUCAUUAACGCCAGCACCCUUCGUCUUCACGAGUUUUUUGACUCACAACGCCCCGCGUACGCCAUUCUCUCUCAUACAUGGGGCAAAGAGGAAGUUAGCCACCAAGAAUGGACGCAAUGGGAGGAAGGAGGCUCGGCCCAAAAAGCUCGGAUAGAGGCCAAGAGCGGCUUCAAGAAGAUUAAAUACGCUUAUUGGAUCGCUCUGACAAAUGGUCAUGGGUACAUCUGGGUCGAUACCAAUUACAUUGGCAAGAAAAGCAGCGCCGAGUUGUUCGAAGCCAUUAAUUCCAUGUUCUCAUGGUACCAGGCUUCGUCGGUUUGUCUUGCAUAUCUGGAAGACCUCUCAGCAAUGACUCCUAUCACAAACAUGUUUGAAUGUCGAUGGUUCACCCGAGGCUGGACGUUACAAGAGCUGCUUGCACCCCGAGACGUGAUGUUCUUCAAUGCGACAUGGGAACAUUUCGGCACGAAAACCAGCCUUUGCAAGAAAAUUAGCCAUGCUACUGGCAUAGAUGCGGCUAUGCUUCGCGAUCCAAGAAAAAUCGAUACUGCAUGCGCUGCUAAGAAGAUGUCGUGGGUAUCCACACGUCAGACAACCCGAGCGGAAGACAUGGCCUACUGUCUCCUGGGGCUCUUCGACAUCAACAUGGCUCUCUUAUAUGGUGAAGAGAUCGACGCAUUCCGGAGACUGCAAGAAGAAAUCAUCAAGUUAUAA